AUGGCCACUGACAAACUGGAUGGCAAGGGCUUGAAAGCCACUAGACCACCAUUUGAGGGCUGCAAAAUUGCGCUAGAGGAGACUUUCCGCAAGGAUGGACUGCAGAUUAUUAUUGAAAUGGAGAGCACAGAGCUAGAAGCUGGCGAGACCUACGUCGACGAGGGAACUUGGGAGAGCGACUCGCUACGAAACGAGCACAUAGUUGCUCUUGCUGAGUUUACAUAUAGCGCCGAGAACAUGGCUGAAGUCCGAUAG